AUGGCUCGUCGUCGUGGGGGCAUCAAGAUUCGAUACAUCAUGGACCGUGCGGAGCGCAGGAGGACGCUGGAGAAGCGGCUCCCUAAUCUUCUGAAGAAAACCAGGGAGUUCGCCGUCCUCUGCGACGUCCCCACCAGCCUCCUCGUGUACCUCCCAGGUAAGGACCAGCCGGUGGUCUGGCCGUCGCAGGAGGCGGCCCUAGCCGUGGUGCGUCGGUACAAAGAGGAAAGGGACUUGCAGAGGUUCAGGAAUAACCUGGACGGCCCGGAAUUCAUCCGUAAGAUGAUUGCCAAGGCGAAGGUGGAGCUGUCCACCGUCCAGCGCCAGACCAGAGACAAGGAGAUGAGCCUCCUCAUCGACGACUUCUUCGCCGGCCGCCGCAUGAGCUUCGACGACCUCUCACCGGAGGUCCUCGCUGCCCUCGAGUCGACGGUGGAGAAUAAACUCCGGGCCGUCAACGCUCGCCAACAGAAGCUCCUUGGCGCAGCCGUCCUGCCGCCCCUUCCUACGCAGCUGGUGCAGCCACCGCCUCUGGUUAUGGCGCCAACGUUUUCUUCGAACCUGCCGCCCCUUCCUCCGUCGCUCGACGCCAGCGAUGUCAGGGGCCUCCCUACCACGGAGGAACUUCAAGCUUUCUUCAUGAAUGGUGAGCUGGCCUAG